AGAACCGGCCGCACCCGGCUCUGCGCUAAUCCGGUUUCACUUUCACUUUCGGGAAGCCGCCUUCUUUCCCAGAAGCGGAUCGGGGCAGUCGGGGGCUUCCCAGGGCGGGCGGCGAAUGCGGUGCGGGUCCCGCCUCUCUCCGCCUCUGCCCCCCAAGUUCGCGGCCCCUCGCCCAGUCCGGGAGUUGCGGGCAGCGCGUUUCCACGGGGCGGCUGCGGAGCGGGGCCAGGAAUUGCCCCCGGCGCCUGGGAUCCGCUAGUCCCGGAGCAGCCGCAUCCAGACCCCGGCCCGCACCGGGAAAGGGGGAGACCCCAAGCGGAGUGGAACUGGAUCGGCAGGACAGGUUCUGCGGUCACUCCGGUGCGGCUCUGAGCGCAGUGACCCGAACGGCCGCUAGAGGGCGCCCCCGGCGGGGACCGGCCGCACCGGGACUAGGAGAUUUAGACACGCGCUGCUGAGAGCGGCGGGGACCGGCUGCAGCCGGGACUAGGAGAUUUAGACACUCGCUGCUGAGAGCGGCGGGGACCGGCCGCAGCCGGGACCAGGAGAUAUAGACACUCGCUGCUGAGCGCUGCAGGGCCCAGCCCGGGGAUGAAGCUGGCCAUGGCCUGGCUCUCCCUGCCCUUGGUCGUGCUGCUGGAUUUCCUCACCCUGCGCCUGGCCCUGCUGCUCUGCCCCCUGCUGCAGGCCUGGGACCCCCUGGCGCUGGCCUGGGGGGUGGCGCUGGCGCGAUGGGCACUGCUGAGCCUUAGUGCCCAGGCUGCCCGCGGCAGGGGGCAGGGCCUGCCCAGGGGACUACAGGACGCGCUGCUGCCCCUGGCCGCCCUGCUCAGCCUGCUGCUGCCCGGCUACGUGACCCUGCAGGCGCUGGCCCAGCCCCAGGCGCCCCCCUCAGAGCUGCUGCACGGCUGGGGGCGAGGGGACAUCUUCGGCCUGACCUAUGGCGUGGCAGGGCUGGUGGCCGCGCUCUGGCACCAGCUGUUCCCCGCCGGCAAGGGGGAGCCAGGGCCCUCGACCUCGCUGGGCCGUCUGCUGGCCUGCAUGAGGCCCGACCUGCUGCGCUUUGUGGCCAUCGCGGGGUUCCUGGUGCUGUCCUCGCUCGGGGACAUGGCGUUCCCCUACUACUUGGGGCGUAUGACCGACUGGAUCAUAAACGAGGAUGACCCCUCAGUCUUCAUCCGGGCCGUCUGGGACAUGUCCCUCCUCGCCAUCGGCAGUGCUGUGACCAAAUUCAUCUGUGACGUUGUCUAUAAGGAGACCAUGAACCGGAUCCACAUGCGUAUCCAGAGCCAGGUGUUCAGCUCUGUCCUGCAUCAAGAGAUCUCCUUUUUCCACGCCAACCGCACCGGGGACAUCACCUCCCGGGUGACUGUGGACACUGAUACUGUCAGCGAGGUGCUGAGUGAGAAGCUGAACCUGCUGAUGUGGUGCGGGAUGCGGGGAGUCUUCCUCUAUUCCCUGAUGGUGCAGGUGUCGCUGCGCCUGGUGCUCUUCACCACCAUGGGGCUGCCCGUCAUCCUGCUGGUGCCCAAGCUCUCUGGGAAAUUCCACCAGAAUCUAGCUAAGCAGGUGCAGGAGUCCCUGGCCAAGGCUAACGAGGUGGCGGUGGAGACCUUCCAGGCCAUGCCCACUGUGCGCAGCUUCGCCAACGAGGAGGGGGCCACCCAGCACUACGGGCAGCGGCUGCAGGAGACCUACCGGCUCAACAAGCAGGAGGCAGCCGCCUACGCCGCCUCCAUGUGGACCAACAGCCUGCCAGAGCUGGCACUGAAGGUGGGGAUCCUGUGCUACGGGGGCUGGCUGGUUGCCGCAGGGGACAUCAGCACCGGAGACCUGGUCACCUUCGUCCUCUAUGCGACAAAUUUCAGCACGGCCAUGGAGGGGCUGCUCUCCACCUACCCCAGUGUGCAGAAGGCCAUGGGCUCCUCGGAAAAGAUCUUUGAAUACAUGGAGCGGAUGCCCCAGAUCAGCCCCCCUGGGACACUGGCCCCUCCUGCCCUGCGCGGACACCUCCAGGUGCAGGACGUCUGGUUCUCCUACCCUAGUCGGGAAGACACCCCCGUGCUCAAGGGGGUGUCUCUGGAGCUGCACCCCGGGGAGGUGACGGCACUGGUGGGCCCGUCGGGCGCGGGGAAGACAACGCUGGUGGCCUUGCUGGAGCGUUUCUAUGAGCCUCAGCACGGGCGCCUGCUGCUGGAUGGGCGAGACCUGCGGGACUACGAGCAUCAUUACCUGCACAGCAAGUGUCAUAACCUCAGCUCUCCGCCCCCAGAUGUUGGGGAGAUGGGGGGGCAGAUCUCAGGGGGGCAGAGGCAGGGGGUGGCCAUUGCCCGAGCCCUGCUCCGAAACCCCCGAGUGCUGAUCUUGGAUGAUGCCACCAGUGCCCUGGACACGGAGAGUCAGCUGCAAGUGGAGAAGGAGAUUUAUGAGGGUGUCCGGGCCGGGCGCUCGGUGCUGCUUAUCGCCCAUCGCCUGAGUGCUGUGGAGCGAGCCGACCGCAUCCUGGUGCUGGAGGAUGGGGAGAUCCGGGAGCAGGGCACCCAUUGGGAGCUGCUGGCGUGCCAGGGCAGCUACUGGCACCUGGUGCAGAAACAGCUCAAUGGGGACGAGGAGGGCAGCUCCAGGGAUAGCGUGGAGGUUGGGGGGCUCUGAUGCUGUCAUUGGGCAACCCUGGGGUGGGAGUAGUUCAGGGUGCCCUGGUGUGUGACCCCUUCCUCCGCAGGGUGAGAGGUUCUCAGACCCCCUGCCCCUGGCAUGCGGCUGCUCCUUCCCCCAGGAGGAGUUUAAACUCUGCUGAGUUAGUUCCUGAUUUAGUUGAUGGCUCUGAGCAGGGGACGCAGAGCUGGUGCUGAGCAUGGAUUACAGGAGACCAGGCUUCAGCUGGGACUCCACCUCUCUGCAGCCUUCUGCUCCUGAGUGCAAGGUCACUCACACCCUGCUGGCCCGAGUAGGGACUGUCUGUGUGGGGAACGGGAAAGCAGGGGAUGUCUGUAAGUGACGGACAGGUAGUCAGGCUAUAACCCGACCCGGCGGGGG